GCCGGCAAGGCCGCACGGGCAGUGCUUCCGAGUCCCCGCGCUUCCAGUCCUCUAAGGCGGCGCAGUCCUGUUGUGCAGGCCCGGCGAGCCCCCAGGCAUGCGUUUGCCGCCGCCGGUUCCUCUGUUUUUGGGGUUCCUCCUUCUGCAGGGCGUCUUGAGGCCGCUGAGGGGAGACCUGGUUUUCAUUCCUCCUGUCAUCCACAUGUCCGGCCCUGUGGUCAGCGCGUCCCUGGUCGGAGGCACCGAGGAUGUGACUGUGUCCCUGACCCAGCUGCGGGACGAGAUGGGUUUAUUGCCAGUUCCCACCUGUGGCGAGCUGAACAACGAGACAGGAGACUGGAAUUUGACUGUCACCCCCACUGUGAAUUCGUUGGAAGUGACCGUGAGGUUGAAGAGGGAUCUGCAGUCAUGUUCCUCUAAUGAGACAGAUCCCUUCCUGGAGGCCCCGUGUAUUGUCCAAGCUCUUCUUGUUUCAGCCUUUCAUAAUACAUCCUGUUUGGCACAUCUGCUCAUUCAUGUGGAAAUUUAUGCCAACUCUUCUCUGGGCCAAAAUGCAUCAGGUAUGAAAAAUUUUGCACCCAGUCAGACAGAGAUCAGAACAAGAAAAAGGUUGGAAGGACAGCCAGGAGAAAAUGUGACUGUCAUUCCUAACCAGGUGUAUCAGCCCCUUGGUCCUUGCCCUUGCAAUUUGACUGCGGGGGCCUGUGACAUUCGCUGCUGCUGUGACCAGGAAUGCUCAUCAGAUUUAACAGCGCUGUUCAGGGAGUCCUGUUUCCCUGGUGUUUCUGGAGGAGAUGUUAAUCCUCCCUUUGAUCAGCUCUGCUCCAUGCAGAUGGCACGUGGAGUGCCCGACUGGUUUCCAUUCCUGUGUGUGCAGCUCGCCAACUCACCCUUCCUCGGGUACUUCUACCAUGGUUCCAUUUCCUCUGGACAUCAAGUUUCCUUUGACAUGUAUUUGCAUACUGAUCUAAAAGACUUUUCAGACUUUGGUUACAAACAAGGAGACCCCGUUAUGACAAUAGAUAAGGCAUAUUUUACUAUUCCUCAGGUGUCCCUGGCUGGGCAGUGCAUGCACAACGCUCCUGUGGCCUUCCUGCAGAAUUUUGAUGUUCAGUGCGUUACUAGCCUGGAGGAGUACCUAGAACGAGACAGAAUUACCAGUGUAAAGAUAAAAAAUGGUGCUAUGGGAGGCAUAGUUACACCAAAAGUGAUCUAUGAGGAAGCAACUGACUUAGACAGAUUCAUCACCAAUACAGAAACACUUUUAAGUACUGGACCAGCCCCCAGGAACGUGAACGUGGAAGAACAUUAUAUUUUCAGGUGGAAUAAUAAUACAAUCAGUGAAAUAAACGUCAGAAUUAUUAAGGCAGAAAUUAAUGCCCAGCAGAAAGGAAUCAUGACACAGAGAUUUACAGUGAAAUUUUUAAGCUAUAACAGUGGUAAUGAACAAGAAUGGUCUGGAAACCCAGGUUACCAGCUUGGCAAGCCUGUUCGAGCUCUAAGCAUCAACGGGACGAAUAAUGUCACAACUUUACACCUUUGGUAUUCUGCCGGAAGGAGUUUGUGUUCAACAGCAACUCUCAAACCCAUUUUAUUUGGAGAAAAUGCACUAUCUGGGUGCCUUUUAGAAGUUGGAAUUAAUGAAAACUGUACUCAGCUUCGGGAGAAUGCUGUUGAACUUCUUGAUUCAUUAGUACAAGCGACUCAUGUUGCAAUGAGAGGCAACUCCAAUUACAACGAUCUCAGUGAUGGCUGGCUUGAAAUAAUACGUGCGGAUGCCCUUGAUGCAGGCGCAGACCCACCUGACAGCAACGUGAGUGGCAUCUGCCUGGAUGUUCCCGCGCAGCUGAACAUCCGCAUCCUCUUCUCAGAUGCUGGCGCUGUGGAAGGGAUGACUCAGCAGGAGAUACUUGGCGUCGAGACUAGGUUCUCCUCUGUGACCUGGCAGUUCCAGUGUGGAUUGACUUGUGAGGACAAGGCUGACCUCUUCCCCAUCGGUGCAUCGGUCCAGUUCAUUAAGAUACCCGCACAGUUACCCCGUCCACUUACAAGAUUCCAGAUCAAUUUUACAGAGUACGACUGUAACAGAAAUGAGGUUUGUUGGCCACAACUUCUGUAUCCACUGACCCAAUAUUAUCGAGGAGAGCCUUACUCUCAGUGUGUUGCCAAGAGCUUACUACUUGUAUCCUUCAUCAUACUAGCUGUAUUCCUCAGUAGCCCCUGGAUCAGAAUACACAAAGAUUAGAAUUCAACUACCGUCUGACUUCUUACAGAUCAUCAGCUUCUACGUCAGGGAUUUGCUGUCCUUCUGUGUGCCUCUCUGUAAAAUCUUAAUAAAUGAAAUGUUUUAUUUUUA